AAACAGCGACGACUCUCACUCAUCGCAUAUAAUUAUUUUCCUAACAACCCUUCCUAAAUUAGUACUCUUUAAAAUAUAUCCACGAUACUAUCACUUAUAUAUACUUCCACUGUCUUUCUUCCUCUCCACUCUCCACUACUCACUUAGGCGCUCAUCUGUUCAUCUUAUAACCAAUCACAUGGAUCCAUUACUUCUCUUCUUCGUCGUGACAGCCGCCUCGGCAGCAUAUCUCAUCUGGUUCAAUCUCCUAGCCCGAACCCUAUCCGGCCCAAAGGCCUGGCCUUUUGUCGGGAGUCUCCCAGGCUUGAUCACAAACCGGUCUCGCCUUCAUGAUUGGAUUGCCGAUAACCUUCGACGUACCGGUGGAUCUGUCACCUACCAGACUAGCAUCCUGACUUUACCUUUCAUAGCUCGAAGGCAAUUCUUCUAUACAGUUACCUGUCAUCCCAAAAACAUCGAACACAUACUCCGAACCCGGUUCGAAAAUUACCCGAAAGGUCCAACCUUGCAAACUGCCUUCCAUGACCUGUUAGGCCAGGGAAUUUUCAACAGCGACGGUCAUACAUGGCUAAUCCAACGCAAGACAGCGGCGCUGGAGUUCACAACACGGACGCUCCGUCAAGCUAUGGCUCGAUGGGUCAACCGGACAAUUCAGUCUCGGUUAUGGCCGAUUCUCACCAAGGCGGCUACCGAUCACUCCUCUGUAGACUUGCAGGACUUCUUGCUUCGCUUUACCUUCGAUAACAUAUGUGGGCUUACCUUUGGUAAGGACCCGGAAACGCUUUCCCCUGAGUUACCUGAUAACCCGUUCUCUGUCGCGUUUGACUCGGCCACUGAGGCGACUAUGCAGAGGCUACUCUACCCGAGUCUGUUCUGGAGAUUGAAGAAGGCUUUAGGAAUCGGAUCGGAGAAGACACUGAAGGAGAGCCUUCAAAUAGUGGAGAAUUAUAUGAUGGAGGCCAUCAUAGCACGUAAGGAAGCACCAUCAGAUGAUUUGCUCUCUCGUUUUCUAGAGAAAAAAGAUAUUGACGGAAAUUUCUUUCCAAGUUCUGUUCUCAGUUUUAUAGCUCUCAACUUCGUUCUUGCUGGCCGAGACACGUCAUCCGUUGCGCUGAGUUGGUUUUUCUGGUUGCUCAUGUCUCACCCACAAGUUGAGGAGAGUAUCAUCAACGAGAUAUCAACGGUCCUAAGGAAGACACGUGGUGAGGAUGAAAAGAAAUGGGUGGAAGAGCCGUUGGGUUUCGAUGAAGUUGAUCAGCUGGUGUAUCUGAAAGCAGCCUUGUCCGAAACGCUACGAUUGUACCCGUCCGUGCCGGAGGACACCAAGUACGUCUUAUCGGACGAUUUUUUACCUGACGGAACGUUUGUUCCGGCAGGUUCGACGAUUACGUACUCGAUUUAUUCGGUGGGAAGGAUGAAAGCGAUAUGGGGAGAUGACUGCUUGGAGUUUCGGCCGGAACGGUGGCUGUCGUCGGAUGGGGACAGGUAUGAACCGCCGAAAGAAGGUUACAUGUACGUGGCGUUCAAUGCGGGACCCAGGACUUGUUUGGGGAAGGACCUGGCUUAUCUGCAGAUGAAGUCGGUGGCUGCUGCAAUACUGAUCCGUCACCGGCUGUCAUUGGUUCCCGGUCACCGUGUUGAGCAGAAGAUGUCGCUGACGCUCUUCAUGAAGAACGGGAUGCGUGUGUACGUAGACCAGCGGAAUCUGGAAGGGAACGGUGGCAGCGUCACUUGUUCCGCCUAGUCGUCAUCAGGGGUAUUUUCGUCAUAUAGAUAUGAGGAAGUUAAUUGUUUGUGCUUCUCUCUGCAACUGCCAAUUUUUCUGGAAUUACUGUUAUGAUUUUGCUUUCUACUGAUUCAUUUCGUUCAUUUUGAGGUUAUUUACAGAUUGUAAUUUGUUCUGUUAUUUACGUAAAUUACGUCCCGUAAUAAAUGAAGUGUAAUUUGUUAUUA